ACCGGGGGUAGAGGAGGGAGCUCGGUGCUCACACUCAGAGCGGCGGCAGCUCCGGGCGGAGGAAGGUUCUGUAUGGAGUUGUAGAUCGGGCCGUGCCUGCAGAUACUCUUCAUUCUUACCUGGAAUGAUUUUGGCUGUAUCGGCCCUACACGCUCCGUCCUACACCGCUAUUCUACCGUGAGCCCGCUUGUGAUACACCGGCAGAAGGUUUACAGAUGUUAGUUCAUCCUUACUCCACCGCGGACCGGCAUGACGGUGUCUCGAGCCACAGCUCGCGGCUGUCCCAGCUGGGUUCAGUGUCGCAUGCGGGACCCUACUCCAGCGCGCCACCGCUGUCUCACGCGCCUUCCUCGGACUUCCAGCCGCCGUACUUUCCUCCGCCGUACCAGCCGCUCGCUCACUACCAGAGCCAGGAUCCGUACUCCCACGUCAGCGACCCAUACUCCCUGAACUCCCUGCACCAGAGCCAACAGGGAGCAUGGGGAGCCCGUCAGCGGCAAGACCCCACGGGGGACCGGAUGGAGAGCUCCGCUCUGCUGGCGCAGCCUCGGGCCUCGCUGCCCCAGCUAUCCGGGUUGGACCCACGGCGGGACUACGGAGGUGUAAGACGGCCUGAUGUGCUUCUUCACUCCGCUCACCCCGGACUGGAGCCUGGUAUGGGAGACGGACUGCUACACGGGCUGCACGGUAUGGAGGAUAUUCCGACCGCUGAUGACACCAACGGGACGAGCAUCCUGGAUCAAUCAGUGAUAAAGAAAGUCCCCAUGCCACCCAAGAACGUGGGCUCCCUGAUGCUCGGUAAGGACGGGCUGAUCGGAGGAGUGACCGUGAACAUAAACGAGGUGUUCUGCUCGGUACCAGGCCGCCUGUCGCUGCUCAGCUCCACUUCAAAGUAUAAAGUGACCGUAGGUGAAGUGCAGAGGAGACUGUCCCCGCCCGAGUGCCUCAACGCCUCCUUGUUGGGGGGCGUGUUGAGAAGAGCAAAGUCUAAAAACGGUGGGAAAUGCCUGAGAGAAAAGCUGGAAAAGAUUGGACUGAAUCUACCUGCUGGGAGACGCAAAGCUGCCAAUGUCACACUACUAACAUCUCUCGUGGAAGGUGAAGCGGUCCACCUGGCUCGGGAUUUCGGUUACAUCUGCGAGACGGAGUUUCCCACCAAAGCCGUGAGCGAGUACCUCAACCGCCAGCACGCGGACCCCAACGAGCUGCACACGCGGAAAAACAUGCUGCUGGCGACAAAACAGCUGUGUAAGGAGUUCACAGACCUGCUGGCCCAGGACAGGACUCCCCUGGGCAACUCAAGGCCCACCCCCAUCCUGGAGCCUGGCAUCCAGAGCUGCCUCUCCCACUUCUCCUUAAUCACGCAUGGUUUUGGUUCGCCCGCCAUCUGCGCUGCACUCACCGCCCUGCAGAACUACCUCACCGAGGCUCUCAAAGGACUCGACAAGAUGUUUCUCAACAACCCUCCCAACAACCGGCACGGGGAUGCUGGCAAGACCGGCGACAAAGAGGAGAAGCAGCGGAAAUGAAGCAGGAGAAGGAGGGGAGUGAUGAUCGAGAGCUGAGAAGGAGGCAGACACACAGACAGAGGCGUUACACCGUUACUUCUAGCUUUACACCCCUGCGACUGACCUGCCACGCACGGGGCUGAGGUGGAGGAGGAAGGGGAAGGCUCGGCAGAGAGAAAAAGGCAGAGAAAGACACCCGUGGGCCAGUGUCAGAGAGCACAGAGGGAUUUUUCAUCUGUGUUACGUUCUUUUCAUUCCCCUGAGGACAUGGUGGUUACUGUGUUACAUUCAUUUCGCUCCCCCUGCCUGCAUCCUGUGAGACUGAGAUGCUGUGAGCAGCCAACAAACAACAUUGUGUCUGUGUGCCUGAGUGAGUGUGUGCCUGUCUGUGUGUGUGUGUGUGUGUGUGUUUGUCUUCACACAGAAAAAGCAUUGUGAGAUUGGGUGAUGAGCAAUCUAUAUGUGAAACAGGGUUGUCUGGUUAUUUAACACAAGAGGAGGGAGAGGAGGGGAGGUGUUAAUUUAUGUGUGUAAAUAUUUAUUUAUAUUAAUUUAAAUGGAUGGUUGUGUAAAUAGGUGCGCCAGCUAUUUUGGAGUAGGCCUAUUAAUCUGUGAUUUGACCUUUGUGAGCCGUUUGGGGGACAGGACUCAUCCAGUGUUUUUCUGUUCUUAUAGAGCUGUUGUCAUGGUGCUGAUGAUGGGUAGACAUGCUUCUAAUUGUCCAGUGAUUUCAUUUCUAUCAUAUUGAUAAUAAACCAUGUGUUUUAUUAUG